CAUGAGUUUGCUGAAGACCCAUUCACUAUCCGGGUCUGAAGAAGUCUGAGUAUGUCUGAUUAUCGAUAUCAAUACACCUUCGUUCAUGAAUGUUUGAAAUCAAGCAACUUGUUGGUGGUUCUAGAUGUAACCAAAACCACGGCUAAACCUAAAUUCAAAACCGUCAAUGGUAGGCCUGCUUGCAAAAUGUUAGGGUUGACACGGAAAUCUACAGCAUAAUUAAACAUUUUGAAGCAGAUUAUCAUUGACGGUCUUGAAUUUCCCUCCCUUCACCAUGUGCUAAUAGUAUGAUACACAUUUUAACCAAUCAGAAACGUUUGCCGAGUUCAAACCCGUGAAGAGCCAUUAUUUCCGGCCACCUUUUUGACAUUUGAUGGUUGUUUAAAAUAAACACGAGGUAAGGUGACCACAGAUGAGCAUGAUUGUAUAGCCUAUGGUUUGUUUAGCAGGUGCCCAUAGGUUGAAAUAAGUGACAUUCAUAUUUCAUGCAUAUCGAGCUGUGGUUCGAACCGAGUGCGAAAUAAGAACCAAGAUGGCGGGUGUCACUCCUUGUCUCUAUGAAAAUAGAGGGGUGUGAUUUUUUUCUGUACGACUAUAUUAUGAGGGAUUUACUCUCAGAAAUCCACGUGCAGCUUGCCUUGCUUGUGGCGGGGUAUAAGGGACGGAUUUAUUCCACCACUGAGAAUUCUAUUCCCCUCCAAGGCGGGAUACAUCGUAUUUUAUCAAGAUCACGUGGACCAGUCAGAUCUCAUCAUUCUGACAUGGAGGUAUAUGUUGUAUCUGUAAUACUGCGCGGUGACAAUGCCCCACCCCCAUCUCACUAGUUGCAGCAGGGGUACGACAAUGAACACCCUCGUAAACCCGACACACCCUGUCUAACUUAUACAGUAUCAUCUAGAUGACUAAUAUAGCCACAACCUCUGUGUCACGUCAUACUGCAGGAGGAUUUACAAGCAGUGACACGCACACAAUUAAAUGGUGUCAGGGUCAAAAUCACACACUGGUCUUUUGUCCGUGACCAGUAGAAAAUUAAUAGAGGACCUUCUAUUAUUUGCAGUCAGUUGAACAUGACAGUUGAAGUAGCCAAUACUCAGAAAUAUGUCUUCAUUCGUCAAUAUUCCCGUCUAAUUUUUUCCUGUCUCUGUUUAGACACAAACAAUCGUGCUGAACUUUAACCUUCUUCACAUUGUUUACAUGCCAAAUCAAACUUAAACCAUAUUCUUAGUAUUUAUAAUUACCUUACUGAUCUCCAAGGCGGUGAUGUUUUCACCAUGCAUAAUAAUAUGCAUUUUCCUCAGAGCAAGUCGACGCGCGAACACACAAUGGGGCAUAAUGAGACAAAGUGAAAGCAUCUCUCAUCAUGGGAGCCAGAUGGCCAUAUGUGUUUCUAGUCGUCCACUUUACAAGUCUGCUUUUGAUGUCCAAAGGCCAGACAUGCUUCUUCACGGAGAUUGCAGGACAGAAGGGAUCUGAGAUGCUGCACAGUGACUCUGAGAACACGACGGACAUGAGUGCCUGCAAGACUCUCUGUAACACGACGGAGUUGUGUAUAGCUGGAGAAUUCCUCUCCACCACGAACACGUGUCACAUCUACCUGGUGGAGACAACUCUCACUGGUGAAACUGAGUCGGUGUUCUUUCAGUGGAACUGUACUUACGAAACAGCGACAACUGCGACUACAACAGCAUCUACGACUACAAUGCAAACGACUACAACUACAACGCAACCGACAACAACUACACCUACAACUACAAUGCAACCGACUACAACUACAACGGCUACAACUACAAUGCAACCUACUUCAACUACAACAUCUACAACUACAAUGCAACCGACUACAACUACCCCGACCACUACUACAACGACAUUAAGAACAACGCCUACUGCAACUACCACUACGACAACAACUCCUGCAUCAAUGACGACUAUCACGCGAACUCCCGACAGCAAACGUCCUAGCCAGACAUGCUUCUUCACGGAGAUUGCAGGACAGAAGGGAUCUGAGAUGCUGCACAGUGACUCUGCGAACACGACGGACGUGAGUGCUUGCAAGACUCUCUGUAACACGACGGAGUUGUGUAUAGCUGGAGAAUUCCUCUCCACCACGAACACGUGUCACAUCUACCUGGUGGAGACAAACCUCACUGAUCAAACUGAGACGAUGUUCUUUCAGUGGAACUGUACUUACGAAACAGCGACAACUGCGACUACAACAGCAUCUACGACUACAAUGCAAACGACUACAACUACAACGCAACCGACAACAACUACACCUACAACUACCAUGCAAACGACUACAACUACAACGCAGCCGACUACAACUACUACAUCUACAACUACAAUGCAAACAACUACAACUUCAACGACUACCACCACCAUGCAACCGACUACAAUUACAACGACUACAACUACAAUGCAACCGACUACAACUACUACACCUACAACUACAAUGCAACCGACUACAACUACAACGGCUACAACUACAAUGCAACCUACUUCAACUACAACAUCUACAACUACAAUGCAACCGACUACAACUACCCCGACCACUACUACAACGACAUCAAGAACAACGCCUACUGCAACUACCACUACGACAACAACUCCUGCAUCAAUGACGACUAUCACGCGAACUCCCGACAGCAAACGUCCUAUACUGUCUUACUCAGGACCUUCUUCAGGUCGUCAAUAUGAUACGGAGGGUGCGAUCGCAGCCGCCCUCGCAGGCUUUGCUGUCCUCAUGUGCAUCCCCUGCCUGAUGUGCAUCAUCUUGUGCAGAAAAAACGACGAGGAAGACGGGAGAUGGGUCAUCUAUAAGGGACCAGGCUUGAGAGAAUCGCUCAAGAAAGAGAUAUUUAUAAAACGACUGUCUAUACAAACAAUGUCCACGGAGAUCAGAGGUUAAAACCCUUCUCAAGACCUAUUUACGUCACUAUUUCAUCAAGGACAUACGCGUUGGAAUAACUCUUGCAAAGUGAGUGAGUAGCUAUGCUGGAAUCAUCUUUGAGUAAACACGGUUUUGCUCCGUUGGAACAAUCACUUGAAGUGUGUCAUCAGAUGUUGUAAGAAAGUGAAAAGUGACACUUUUGAUGACGCCCCACAAUGAAUAGUUUGAUGCUGGCAGACCAAGAUCCGAAUCAGCUGAUAUUCUGAAAUGCCCCGUAGACUUUGUUCAACCCGUGGCCCUGUAUAACAUAAAGGAACAGCUAUUGACACAGCUACACAAUGAUAUUCAUCUGAGUGAUGUCACAAUGAGAUUCAUCUGAGUGAUGUCACAAUGAGAUUCAGCUGAGUGAUGUCACAAUGAGAUUCAGCUGAGUGGGGUGACAAUGGGAUUCAGCUGAGUGAGAUGACAAUGGGAUUCAGCUGAAUAAGAUACCAAUGUGAUUCAGCUGAGCGAUGUGACAAUGGAAUUCAGCUGUAUGAGAUUACAAUCGGAUUAAGCUGAGUGAUUUGACAAGGAGUUUCGGCUGAGUGUGGUGACAAUGGGAUUCAUCUGAGUAAUGUGACAGUGAGAUAAAGCUGGCUGAUGUGACAAUGAGAGUAAGCUGACUGAUGUGACAAUGAGAUUCAGCUGAGUGAUGUGACAAUGGGAUUCAGCUGGCUGAUGUGACAAUGGGAUUCAGCUGACUGAUGUGACAAUGAGAUUCAGCUGAGUGAUGUGACAAUGAGAUUAAGCUGAGUGAUGUGACAAUGAGAUUCAGCUGAGUGAUGUGACAAUGAGAUUCAACUGAGUGAUGUGACAAUGAGAUUCAACUGAGUGAUGUGACAAUGGGAUUCAGCUGAGUGAUGUGACAAUGAGAUUCAACUGAACGAUGUGACAAUGGGAUUCAACUGAGUGAUGUGACAAUGGGAUUCAGCUGAGUGAUGUGACAAUGGGAUUCAGCUGAGUGAUGUGACAAUGAGAUUCAAAUGAGUGAUGUGAAAAUGGGAUUCAAAUGAGUGAUGUGACAAUGGGAUUCAGCUGAGUGAUGUGAUAAUGAGAUUCAACUGAAUGAUGUGACAAUGGGAUUCAACUGAGUGAUGUGACAAUGGGAUUCAGCUGAGUGAUGUGACAAUGAGAUUCAACUGAAUGAGAUGACUUCCGUAUUUCUGUGGUUAUUGUACAAGACUUCCGUAUUUCUGUAUUUAUAGUACACGACUGACAGGCACCCAGUCCUAAAUGUAAUAAUGCACCUUCACUCGUAUGUAACAUAAAAACGUUCAUCUUGAUUCAUCUGUCAACAUGACAAUACUUAAUAUAUUUGAAAAUAUAAACAAUAUUGUAUGGUA